GUUGAGGGAGCUGGAACUCUCCGGCAGCCUGGGCCUUGUUGGGGCCAUGAGGGGUUGGGGACUGACCCUGCAGGCCUCAAGCUGAGGGCUUUCUGAUGGACGUGGGACUCUGCUUUGCAGCUUGAAGAGCUAUGAUGGCGGUCAACAAGGGCCCAACCUUGCUGGAUGGAGACCUCCCUGAGCAGGAGAAUGUGUUGCAGCGGGUCCUGCAGCUGCCGGUGGUGAGCGGCACCUGUGAGUGUUUCCAGAAGACCUACACCAGCACCAAGGAAGCCCACCCGCUGGUGGCCUCUGUAUGCAAUGCCUACGAGAAGGGUGUGCAGGGCGCCAGCAGCCUGGCGGCCUGGAGCAUGGAGCCGGUGGUCCGCAGGCUGUCCACCCAGUUCAUAGCUGCCAACGAGCUGGCCUGCCGUGGCCUGGACCACCUGGAGGAAAAGAUCCCAGCCCUCCAGUACCCUCCUGAAAAGAUCGCCUCUGAGCUGAAGGACACCAUCUCCACCCGCCUUCGCAGUGCCCGGAAUAGCAUCAGCGUGCCCAUCACCAGCACUUCGGACAAGGUCCUGGGGGCCGCUCUGGCCAGCUGUGAGCUCGCCUGGGGGGUAGCCAAAGACACUGCCGAGUAUGCCGCCAACACCCGAGCCGGCCGCCUGGCCUCGGGAGGGGCUGACUUGGCCCUCGGUGGUGUUGAGAAGAUGGUAGAGUUCCUCCUCCCUUCAGCCAAGGAAGAGUCAGCCCCUGCUCCAGGACAGCAGCAGGCCCAGAAGCCCCCCAAAGCCAAGCCGAGCCUCAUGCACAGGGUUGGGGCCCUGGCCAACACCCUCUCUCAACACACCUUCCAGACCACAGCCCGGGCACUGAAGCAGGGCCACGCCCUGGCCAUGUGGAUCCCAGGUGUGGCACCCCUGAGCAGUCUGGCUCAGUGGGGCGCGGCGGCCGCCAUGCAGGUGGUGUCCCGGCGGCAGAGUGAGGUGCGGGUGCCCUGGCUGCACAGCCUCGCCGCCCAGGAUGAGGACCACGAUGACCGGGCAGACACGGAGGGAGAGGAGACUGAGGAGGAGGAGGAAUCUGACACCGAGGAGAACAAGCUCAGCGAGGUGGCAGCCCUGCCCAGCCCGCAAGGCCUCCUGGGCAGCGUGGCCCACGUGCUGCAGAAGGCCGCGGGGAGCACCAUCUCAGCCGUGAUGUGGGCGCCUGCGGCUGUGCUGGGCUCGGCGGCAAGGAUGCUGCGCCUCACCCCGGCCCGCGCCGCCUCCCCCACCAAGGGGAGGGCCAUGUCCCUGUCAGAUGCCCUGAAAGGCGUCACUGACAACGUGGUAGACACGGUGGUCCACUAUGUGCCGCUCCCCAGGCUGUCGCUGAUGGAGCCCGAGAGCGAAUUCCGGGACAUCGAAGAGGCCGAGCGCCGGGAGGCGGAGCGCAGGGCUUCUGGGGCGAGCCCCGAGCCCGCGCCGCGCCCCCCGCAGCCCCGCGGCAGCCUGCGACCCGCCCGCAGUGCCGCGGCGCCCCCUGGCCCCCCGGGGCCGGAGGACAGGGCGGACGCGCCCGCCGCGCCGCGCCCGGCCUUCCCCGCGGUGGCCCGCGAGAAGCCACGGCGCAGGGUCAGCGACAGCUUCUUCCGGCCCAGCGUCAUGGAGCCCAUCCUGGGCCGCGCGCAGUACAGCCAGCUGCGCAAGAAGAGCUGA